AUGGAUCAGCAAUUUAUAGAACGCGAGAAAGAAUUAUUCAAGCUUAACGCCAAGUUGAAUGCAAAGUCGAAAAAGAUUCAGGCAACAGCUGCAUCAAAUAAAUUGCAAGGAAAGCCAGUGCAGAUUCAUACGUCAAAUAAUUAUUUCAAUUACUAUGACGAGCAAUCAUGUACAUCAUCAUCGUUGCAUAAGGAAGCUCAAGAUGAUGGGCUCGAACUGAUGUGCAAAAAGAUUAGCAUGUCUCCCCAACCAAUAAAGAAACCACAAGAAAUCGUUUAUCCAUUCUUCAAUCGUCAGACACCGAAGCCUCCAAUAAGAACUAACUUAGAUAUUCACAUGCCAACUGGUUCAAUGAUAUCUGAUGGAAAUGCUGAACAGACACAAGAAGUUAAAUCUGAAAGUAUGAGCUUCAAAAAUGAAAGUAUGAUCACGCGCUAUUCUGAUGAUUCAUCUGCCAUUCCAUCCGCUAAUUUGCAAUCCAUUUCACCAACUCAACCACCACCGUUGCUCGAAUUAACUGAAAUCAUACCAAAAUCAAUGGAGAAGAAGAAUAUCAGCAAUGAUGGAUUAUUAAAAUUUCUGAAAUCAAAAGUUGCACUUCUUCAAUCAGAACUUGAAGUAAGUAAAUCUCUCAAUGACACACUCGAGCGAGAAAACGCAAAGAACGUGAAGAAAAUUAAGAAACUCAACACUCAAGUUACUAAGUCAGCGAGUAAGAUUGAGUCACUUGAAACGACAUUGAGAAAUAUUCAGGAAAAACAGGAAGUCGCUGAACAAAACUUAAAAGAAAAAGAUUCAACCAACAGCGAACUUAAUAAAGAUUUAUUAGCACUGAAGGAAGAGGCAAAAGAAGUUAAUCACGAAAAACAGAUAAUCGAGAAGCGAUUGCUAAAGGUUCAAGAAGAUUAUGAAAUGAUGAAAACGAAAUUCGAAACGUUCAAAGAAAUUGAUAUCAUCAUGCGAGAAACUGUAAAGGAAGAAAAAAUUGCGUACGAGGAAAAAAUCAGUAAAUUGCGAAAAGGCCGAAUGGAUAUGCUGAAAGCGUACAAGCAACAAAUUAUCCUCAUCGAUAAUCUACGACGUCAGAAUAUUUGCUUGGAGAAGACAAAAGCAUUAGAGAUAACAGAAAAAGAGUUUCUUAAAGUUCUCGAUUGGAAUUUUAGUGACAAAUGA